UCCUGCUGGGAAGAUUUCACUUCAUAUCCCACCCUGAAGAAGGAACAGAGAGGAAUCUCUACACAGGGAGGGAAACACCCUUUUAGACAGUGGUCACAGGAACAGGUGUCCCCAUUAGUAUAUGUAUCCUCUAGUCCUUUUCUGGUGACAACUGCAUUAUUUUGGGUUGUAUCACAUGUGGGCAGGGGCGGACUGACAACUCAUGGGGGCCCCCGGGCAAUAGGGGAUCAUGGUGCCCCUGUGUCCUUGCCCAAACAAAAAAGCCUAUGAAAAAGGUACCAGGGGCAUCUCAUGGGGCCCCCUACUGACCCCAGGCCAUCGGACAGUGCCUGUCUUUCCAAAUGGUCAGUCUGCCCCUGCAU